CACCCUCCAGGCCUCCACUCACUAGCCAGCCGAAGCAGGUUCUACAGAACAUCGUUCCCUUCCCUUUGACCCACCCUCCACCCGCUAGCCAGCGUAAUCUUACCGCUUCGGCAAUCGAUCUCCGCGCGAUCCCAAAUCCCCCAACACAAACCCUAGCGGCCAGGCACCUCCACCUCCCCUUCCCCCGGCGGGCGGGCGACGGAGAUGCGGGCGCUGCUCGCUGAGGGCGCGAUGGCGGUGGCGGUGGCGCCGGAAGCCAACGCGUCGUCGGACGGCUCCGGGUCGCCGUCGGGGCCGAUGUGGUGGGUGUCGGAGUGCCACGGGGCGUGGUACAGCCUGGCGGUGAUGCUGCCGUCGCUCGCGUUCGUGGGGUUCCUGGCUUGGCAGGCCCGGCGGAGCUUCCGCAGGCUCAGCUACGGCCGCUCGCACGUCGUCGUCGUUGCAUACUACGCGCUCCUUUGGGCCGUCGCCGUCCUCAACCUCCUCUGGUGCUUUCUGCAGGCGUGGCAAUGUAUGCCUGAUAGGGCGUUCUCUUGGAAUGUAUUGUCAUUGUUUACAAAAUCGGGAAUGCUAUUCUUGGAAGUUAGUCUCAUAGCAUUUCUACUUCAAGGAAAUGAUGCCAGUGGUUUUGAAUCUUUGGCACGCACCUUUGUUAUCUCUGGAGCUGUAGUUGCUGCUGAUGUAUUGCUCAAGACUAUAUAUGUUUUUGGCUUUGGUGUUCCUUUGUUCAUUGAUGCUGACCAACGAACUGGUGGGAAAUGGGGCCUAUGGAUUCUCCACAAACUGGUGCUUACUGGAGUCUAUGGCCUGAUUGUUUUCAUGCAUCACUCAAGAUGGAAAGACAGGCUGCCUGCAAAACCAGCAUACUACAACUACAUAUGUGCGAUGCUACUACUGAAUGGCAUAUCACUGUUUGGCUGUUUCCUUGUUGCUAGUGGAGCUGGAUUUGGGUUAUGGUUAUAUAAUCUCACAACCGUCUGCUAUCACUCUCUUUACCUUCCACUUCUAUAUGUGACUUUCUUAGCAGACUUCUUCCAGGAGGAAGACAUGCUUCUAGAGAAUGUAUACUACUCCGAAAUGAAAGACGCUGGGUUCUUUGAUGCAGACUGGGAUUAGUCUGAAGAUACCACGCUAUAUGGCCAUUUUCAUGUGAAAUGGACACUGUAUUUUUUUUUACAUCUCUGUACUCGUAAUCGUAGGACAAACUGUAUGUAGCUAACCAUUACAAUGAAUGAAAAAUUGUAAAUUUAUGGAUUCAUACUUUAAAAUUCGAGCCCCUAAAUUACCGAUGGAUUAGAAAUACAAGUAUAUGGUACAAGACUAACUUUAGUAGUGAA